UAAAUGACACAUUACGAUAAUGUCAUAAUAUUUUAUUUUACAUUUUAUACAGAGUGUGUGUUUUGUAUUUAGUCAAUAACUAAAUUUAAAAUGAUGUGCGAAGGGCGAAGUCUUUUAAAUACAUCAGCUGCGUCAUCAAAAAUAGGCUGUGAUGAGGAUCCCGAAGUUGUAGCGGUCAAGAAGUACGUUAAAGAUUUAUUAAAAUCUCGUAUUUUCCUUGGUCGUUACUUAGAAAGGAGAUUAAACAAUCAACUUAGCUGCUACCGCGAUAUUGUACUGUUGAGUCCUGCCGAAACCGAAUUGAAACGAGAUUUAUUAGAAGCGGAAGCCAAAUUGAGAAGCAUAUUUUCCAAUGGACUUUGGAUUGGAGUUACAUUUGCAGAAAAAAUUGGAAUCUCCAGUGGCGUUUGUAUUUGGACGGAGAUUGAUGAUCAACCUCUGGGGGCUUUUUGGUUUCAAAUUAAAAGUGUCAGGUUUAGAGAAAACGAAGUUAUUCUGACAUUAAAAUGCAUAAGGCAUAUUUCUGAUGCUUAUCUGGAGAUGGAACCGAUUCUCACGGGAUCGGUAAAGAAAAAUGUUGAAAGCUCAGAGAACAUUCUAGAUAACAGUGUAGUAUCAUUAAAAGAAUCUUACAAUGAUUUGCUUACCAGUAUUAAAAGGGCCUUAUCAAUAACAAAUGUCAAGGAGUUUUUCACAUUUUUAAUUGCAUUUGCUAUUGCAAUUGUCACAGGUAGUACAACCUUUGUUAGUUUUCUUGGUAACUUCAUAUUAGCAUUAAUAAGAGAAAUUUCUAUAUUUGUUAAAAACUCCACUCCUAUGUUCUUAGGUAUUUUGGACUUUUUUGGCAAAAUUGUUGGUGGGUUUUAUAUACUUUUAGCAAUGCUGUUUAAGCCUAAUACACCUGUUAAAGUGAGUCGAAGGGCGCUUCCUUAUGAUGGUCAGUUACACAGCUAUCAUCAAUUUAGUGGCAAGGAUUUUGAUUAGUUUUAUAAACAAAAGGUUUAUAUAUUAUUACAUUUUGUAACUGUCAUAGAAACAAUGUAUAUAUCCUAAUCACUGGCUUGGUUGUAACUAAUGCUUAUAUGAGGGGUAAGUAGUGUUUUAGUCCAAUAUCAUUCAGCAUUUUUUAUAUCAUAUUUUUAUGUUGCCUUUUAAACAACAUUCCCGUUUCAUGCAUUUUAUCUUCAUUAUUAGAGUUUCUAUGUCUGUUGUACAAGUGUAAAAUUGUAUUAGUACUUGAAAGGCUGAUUUGGUAUCUUUGUUUUUAUAUUGAUAUUUAUUGCAUAAAUUAAUUAUUUAUAUACUAAAUUUGUAUUGUUUUUAUUAACUGUCUCACCAAUUACAUAGAGUUUUAUCCAGUAUUAUGUAAGACAGAACAAGCAAGCAAUAAAGACUUAACUUUAUGUGCUAUAUAAAAAUCAUGUAAAAGUAUUGUUUACUUACAAAUCAAACAUGGGCAUUUUAAUAACAUGGCUCUAGUGCAGUGUAAUGGCUGGUUUACACUAUGCCUGUACAGUAGGAUGAUUCCAUUGGCCUGGUGUGUAUAGAUCUGUUUUUAAUAUUUAUUGUUAAGUAGAAAAUCAGUAUCCUACCAUAGUAGCAGUGCAACACUGAAUCACGGACAUUUACGUCAUGCCCCCUUUGCCAGAUGUCAUUAUUCCACAGAGUACUUUGUAACAUACUGAAAUAGAGACCAAUCUUCGGCCUAAAAUUGGGUAACACGAAGAAAAGCGCCAUCUGUAU